UGACGUCACUUCCGCCCAGGCCUGGCAGUGGCUGAGCCUGGCUGUGCUCGGGGCCAGCGGGAGCAACAGCAGCGGCUGUAGCCGAGGAGGAGAAGGGAAGGAGGGCGGGAGGGAAGGAAGGAAGGAGCGUCCCGCCUCGCCCCUCGCCUCUACGCGCCCCGGACUCAGCGGAGCACCCAGCGGGGGCCGCGACUCCGCGGGCCUGCGCCACUCACAGGAUCGGCCCGGCCGGAUGGGCGCCUGAGCCUCGGGCCCCUCAGCGCCCGGGAUCGGGGCCGGUUGAGAGCUCCAGGAAGCUGAGAGCAGGAUGUUCCGGUUCAUGAGGGACGGAGAGCCUGAGGAUCCCAUGUUCCUCAUGGACCCUUUCGCUAUUCAUCGACAGCAUAUGAGCAGGAUGUUGUCAGGGGGCUUUGGCUACAGCCCUUUCCUUAGCAUCACAGAUGGGAGCAUUCCAGGGGCUCGACCUGCUAGUAGAAGGAUGCAGGCUGGAGCUGUUUCACCCUUUGGGAUGCUGGGAAUGACAGGUGGCUUCAUGGACAUGUUUGGGAUGAUGAAUGAUAUGAUCGGGAAUGUGGAACACAUGACAACUGGAGCCAACUGUCAGACCUUUUCAUCUUCCACUGUCAUCUCUUACUCCAACCUGGGGGAUGGUGCUCCCAAAGUCUACCAAGAAACAUCUGAGAUGCGCUCAGCACCAGGGGGGAUCCGGGAGACAAGGAGAACAGUGAGGGACUCUGAUAGUGGGCUAGAGCAGAUGUCCAUUGGGCAUCACAUCCGAGACAGGGCACACAUCCUCCAGCGUUCCCGAAAUCACCGAACUGGGGACCAGGAAGAACGGCAGGAUUACAUCAAUUUGGAUGAGAGUGAUGCUGAAGCAUUUGACAACGAGUGGAGGAGAGAGACGUCCCGAUACCGGCCACAGCGCCCCCUGGAAUUUCGUCGUCAUGAGGCCACUGGGGCGGGUGGGGGGAGAAGGGCCGAAGGACCCCCUCGGCUGGCUAUCCAGGGCCCUGAGGAUUCCCCCUCUCGACAGUCACGACGCUAUGACUGGUGAGGGCCCCUCAGGUCCUCUCAUAAGUGUUGGUGGGAAAGGUAUCACAGCUGAGGGAUGAAGUCCUUCAGUCAUUCCUCUGGCAUUUGGAGGAAACCCACUUGUUCCUAAUAUUUUAGAGUGUGGGAGUGGGGUAAAGGUCCUCUUGGAGCCAAUUUUGAUGAUAUAGGUCUCAGCUGGUCUAGGAAAGGAAAGAAAUUCUCCUAAACUGGAGAGUUGACCACAACCACCAAGACCCUCGUCAUCCAGCUUCUGUUUAUCCCCCUUCCUUCCUAUAUGACAAGCUUUCUCUCCCUGCACCCUCUAGGUACAGGCUGUGAGGGGCAGAGGAAUCACUCUUGGAAUAAUUCCCCUUUCCCCCAAUUUAAUAUUAAAUAGAGGUGAGCUGGCCCCUUCAAGCUUAGAAAGCCUUAGGGGGAGCUUUUCACUGCCCCCUUUACUGCUUUUACUCGCCCCUGCCCUCCUCCCUGUCCAAUCUCCCCCUCCCAUAGUGAAUUUACGACACUUUUUUUUCUGUUGUUCCCUAGUCUCUUUUUUUCCCCUCCCCUCUAACCCCCCAAUAAGUACAAGGUCCCUUAGAGUAAGUUCUGGGGAUAGGAGCCCCAUUUUCCCCCAAAGGUCUAUCAGUGGCCAUUGGAUCCUUUCUCAUCUCUACCCAGAAGUCCCAUGUUUGGGGCUGUGCCCCCUCCCUACCAGCUGGGUAUGGGGUGGGUAUUGGGUCCUCUUUCCUCUUGUCCUCUUAUCCUAUACCCCAUGCGCCCAUGCACAUGUGUGCACACACAGACACACACACACACACACUGUCUCUGCAUCCCUCUGCUCUUUGUGUGUGUGUGUAUGUAACUUGUAACUUUAUGGAAUAAAGGGGAAU